CAAACUCUUAGAAUAUUAUGAAAAAUUUUUCGAAAAAAAUUCAUCUUGUCAGAAUCGGAAAGUAUCUGGAAAAAACCCUGAAAAUUUUUUGAAUAAAAAAUUUUGAAUAAAAAGAGUGCAUAAGAAAAAUCUGGCAACCCUACUUAGAAUUGGAUCAAAACAAUCAAAAGUUGCAAGUUUAAGUUUCAGCAAAAAUUGUAGAAAAAUAAGGAUUUUAAGAUGAAUAUGCCAGUUCAGAUGCCUCCCCAACACCCACCACAAAUGGGUCAAUUAGCACCACCGCCUCAAACCAAUUUGGACAACAUUUCAAAAGCGAAGCAAUUGCUACCUUUGUUGCGAGAAAACUUGGCCAAAACUAUCAACGCUGCCUCCCAAAUCAUCCACCACAACAAUCAGACUGACGGAAAGGGAGUCGAUAACUCUGCCGCAAUUCGCUACGAUAAAUAUCUCGAGGAUUUUUACUCGGUUUGUGAUCAAAUUGAACUGCAUUUGAAAACAGCAAAAGCCGUCAUCGAACAAACAAAUUCAUCCAUCACCUAUGUUCCUUUGGCCGUCAAUCACACACGAAUGGAUCCCAUUCCGGAGCAAAAUACAAUCUCAUAUCCCCAAUAUAUUGACUUGGUGCGCACACAAAUCAAUUAUUCCAAGGAAAUUUACGACACUUUAUGGAGUGCCGCCACAAAUAUUUGCGAAUAAAAGACUUUUGGUUUAGUUUAAAAGUUUUUG